AUAACCCUGAAAUGUCAAUCUUUGAAAUUAGACUUUGUAUCCCUUAACUUGUCAUCAUGAAAAGGUUUUGUAAAAUAAAUUAUAUGAUUGUGGCUUUAUGCUUUUUGGCAAUAUUUGUGCCAGAAGUUCGUCUAGAACCAGAGUUGCAAAAGGACAUUGAAUUCAUUAUCCUGCACAAUAAUGAUAUGCACUCUAGAUUCGAGCAGACAAACGCAAGAUGUGGAAAUUGCCUCUCGGAGGAUGCUCGUCGAAAUAAAUGCUAUGGAGGUUUCGCCAGAGUGGCUCAUAUUGUUGGAAAAUACCGUAAAGAUGCUGAAGCUGGAGGAACUCCGGUUAUUUAUUUGAAUGCCGGAGAUACUUACUCUGGAAAAUCCUGGUUUACAAUUCACAGACACAAAAUUGUUAGCGAUUUUCUCAACAAGCUAUCGCCAGAUGCAAUUUGCCUGGGCAACCAUGAAUUCGAUCAUAAUAUUAAAGGUCUUGUGCCUUUCCUGAAUGCCGCCAAAUUCCCCAUUGUGGCCUGUAACCUCGAUGUGAGUGAGGAACCGGAAAUGGCCGCCUCUCAACAACUAGCCAAGUCCGCCAUUUUGAAUGUUAAUGGGGUUAAGGUUGGUGUGAUUGGCUAUGUUACCCCUGAUACUCAAUUCUGGACACCCCGUAGUUCUGUGAAAUUCUUAGAAGAAGUUUCUUCUAUUAACGCAGAAGCUAAAAGACUCAAGGAAGAUGGCAUUAAUAUAAUCAUUGCCUUGGGUCAUUCCGGUUAUGAGAAGGAUAUGAAAAUAGCCAAGGAUUGCCCUGAAGUGGACAUUGUAGUUGGAGGACAUUCGCAUACUUACUUGGAUGCUAAUAAGCCGGUAGCACAUCUCACUGAUACCAAUCCCGAGGCAGUGCGAGGUCCUUACCCCACUACCGUAGUGCAGGACAGUGGAAAAAAAGUUCCUGUGGUUCAAGUAUAUGCUUUUACCAAAUACAUGGGCUUCCUUCGUGUAAAGUUCGAUGAGAAGGGGAAUAUCCUCGAGUUCAGUGGCUCUCCAAUCCUGUUGGGUCCCAAUAUCUCUCAGGAACCCGAGAUUCUGGAAUUAGUCGAACAAUACCGUCCCAAAACCGAAGAGCUGGAAAAAAGGAUUUAUGCCAAAAUGGGAGAACGAUUUAUAAACUAUGAAGAAAACAUAAAUUCAUCUUCAGGAAUAUUGGUUUCCCUUACUUGGAUCUUGAUCUUCGCUUUUCUUAUAAGGAUUGUCUAA